UUGAGUCCGGCCCGACAGUCCGCGUGUUACCCCCAGCCGUAAAGCAGGGCCGCGUUUCCUCGACUUCCGGCUAAGAGUCUCGGUACCCGCCACAUUCCAACCAGACACCGUUUCGCAACGGUUACGCGAGUCGCGAGAGACACCCGCGCCCCGCGUCUCGAACGACCGCGCCGCGAGGACCACAGUGAGAACCGGAAGUGACGACGGCCGUUCACGUUCUGAUUGUCACGGUGACGAUACUCGGUGAACCAGCGGACUGCCGAGCCGUUCCUUUCGGUCUCCUGCUGAUCGUGUAAAGGAGGGAGAGGAGAAACGACCACCGAUGCGGAGGUGGAAGAAGAAAUCGUGGGUCCUGGCCGGCUGAUCCAGCCACCCAGCACUCGUUGGCCUGAGUGCUGGUGGAGGAUUUUGGGGACGAGCGGGGGGGUCGUCGGGGUUCCGUAGCGGGUGCUAGAGGUCCGUGAGUUCUCCCACGGGGAGGUUCGAUAGAUUGGCGGGCUUUAGGGAGCGGGUGUUCCACGGGACCCGGCAAAUGUGGCUCUGUGUACGGUGAGCCGGGGUUACGGGGGCCGCGGGGCCCGUGGCGGUGGGGGUAGAUCUCGUGGCGAGGCAAGCGUGAGGCUACCUCUGAGUCCUCGCACUUUGUGCGCCCCUGGGGCCGGAGGAGGCGCACAUGUUCAUACGCAGGGCCCAGGGCCCGCCGCAGCUGCGACUGCGACUGCGACUGCCACUGCGACUGCGACUGCGGCCACUGCGGCGACCGGCCCUCCUGGCGUCGGAAACAACCCUGGCGACGAGAGCUCUGGUCUUCCCGACGAGCCCAUGGUGCAAGUUGAGAGGGUGGCACAUCAGGGCACCUGGAUAUGCUGUGUUCCGUGUUACUGGUUGCGAAGAAGCAAAGCGGUGCACAAGGCUCUGCUCACCUUCGCGAUGCUGCUGGUCACCAGUUUGCUCGUCACCAGUCCGGUGCUCUUCCUCAUCACCACGCUGCCGGAGGGGGAGCAGCCGCGUGAAUGUUCGUCCCUGGACGAGGCGUGCAUCAGGGAGCGGGACGGUCCGGAGGGUGUCUGCGAGUCGAAAGCUUGCGAGGAAGCCUCGAAGCGGAUGGUGGCGUUCAUGAAGAAGGGGGUGGAUCCUUGCAAGGACUUUUAUCAGUUCGCGUGCGGUGGUAUUCGCGAUCAGCAGCCCUAUCAACCGAGCUCGAGCUUCAACAUGCUUCAGGCGAGGAUCGACGAUCAUCUUCAUAAGCUGCUGUCGAACAAGACGGGUCACAUGAUCGGCGUGUUCGAGAAGCUGGGCAUGUUUUACAGCGACUGUUUGGAAUUCAAGGAGAAACCCGUCAAUUUUACACCGGUUUACGAGCUUUUACGGGAACUCGGCGGCUAUCUACCCCCGAAGAGCAUCGCGCCCGCCGACAUCACGCCGCUGGUCUCGAGGCUGUUGAGGGUGAACGGCGCGCCGCUCUUCGACUUCUACGUGGACGUGGAUCUUUACGAUCGCUCGAGGUCGUCCGUCUUCUUGGACCUGCCUACCAAGCGCCACGAGGACACCUUCUUCGCGGAGAACGUGGACGAAAGAUUGCGAUGGGCCAAGACGUUCGCGAACAUGGAGAAGCUGAAGCGGUCGGUGCACGAGGAAAGUCGGGCUUACACCAUGAUCAGGAACAAGAUGGAGCAAUAUAGAUCGCGGAGGAUCCAGAAGAUCGUCGAGGGCCUGCUCCCGAAGACUAUGGACCCGAAGGAUCGAGCCUCGGAGACCGACCUGUUGUUGCAAUUCUGCUUGUCCCUCAGCAAGAUCUACCCGAAGCACAAGGACCUUUACAACUGGGUGGACGUCGAUCAGAGAGUGUACGUCCCUUUCAACAUGUCCUAUCUCCAGGAGAGCUUCGGUUAUAUAAGGUGGGGGACGCUGCUGAACGCCACUCUAGGCGCUGCCACUGCCGAUCUCUACAAUCACAGCCGCAACCGGGAUCGAUCUUCUUACGGGCACGAGGACCAGCUGGUCUACGUCUACGUUACAGCGCCACGUUACUUCCGCAGCCUUGGCAAACUGCUGAAUCGCUUCUCGAGAAGGAUCAUUCACAACGGACUGUUGCUGUUGUACGCGACAGACACGUUGCACGACAUCGUGAACGUGACCGCCAGCAAGAAUUGGGAAUUGUCCUGCUUCAAGUUGACCAAGGAGGUGUUCAGCGAGAUCGUCGGUGCCCUUUAUGUGCAGCAGUAUAGUCCUCAGCAUCUUGAAACCUUGGCGAACAGGGUGGGAGGACUGUUCGAGCGUGUAAAGGAGACCGUCGCCGAGCGGAUCCUGGUGAAGUCCUGGCUGGACGAGGAGACAAGGACGCAGGCAUUGCUGAAGCUGAACUCGUUAAGGGGUAGAUUUCACGUGUGGCCUGGUUUCUACAACGAGAGCCUUCUGGCCCGCGAAAUGGCCGAGGUGAAGAUCGAUCCGGACGAUUUUUUCCGCAGCGUGUUAAUGCGAUUCCGGCAGGUCCGCACGGUGGAUGACAAAGUCCUCAGGAGGAACGUGACCGAGAAACGCCGUUAUCCUUACAGCGUGAACGCCUACUACGAGUCCUCCACAAACACAAUUGGCAUCCCAUUGGCGAUGAUGACGGCCUGGUCAUGGUCUUGGGACGGAGGUCCGGCGUAUGCGGCGCACGCAACGUUGGGAUCGGUGAUCGGUCACGAGAUCCUGCACGCGUUCGAUCUCCACCGGCGUCGGCUGCCCCUCGAUCCCGAUUUGAACGUCGAUCAAUGGCUCUGGAUCACCCCGGAGUCCUGGAAGCGGCUCGAGGCGAGGAUAGAGUGCGUCGCGAGAUUGUACGCGAGGAGUUUCUGGAAGAAGGUUCAGUUUUAUGGGAACGACGUCGCCGUACAGUUCGAUUGGAACGUGACGAGAAACGAGAACGUGGCGGACAUCGGAGCCUUGCAGAUUUCUUAUAAAACUUGGCACACUUUGACGAACGGGAAGGACCGGAGUCUUCCCGGGUUCGAGGGGCUUCGUCCGAGCCAGCUUUUCUUCAUAAGCGCCGCCCAGACUUAUUGUUCUAAUAUGACUGCCGAGGCCUAUAUUCUCUCCGUUGAACUCGAUUACCACACACCUCAGCCUGAAAGAGUCAACGGUAUAAUGAUGAACUCCCAAGCAUUCGCGGACGCGUUCCGCUGCCCGAUCGGAACCAAGAUGAACCCCCCGAAUAAGUGCACCACCUGGUGAUGAUCAGGCGCGAAGGACGAUCGUUCGCCGGCUUAAGUCAGACCUCAUUCACGGAACCACAGUUUGUCGACUAUUCGGACGCGGCUCGGAACUUGCGGUUGGCGUAUUGGCAGUUGGAGACCCGAUCGACCAACGGGGUCCAAUUAUUUUUGCAGCGUUUGUCGAGCGAUCCUGCGCUGGAGGGAAUCAGUUCAAGAACUCUACGUCAACGAUCGAAGCGAAAGGUUAGCCGUCGCGUGAGGACGAGCAACGAUCGAGUCCUCGGUCCUUCGAUCUUGGAGAUGAUCGUUCGCUGGGAUCGUCUUGGUGUUCCGGUAGAUCCAGGAGGACGACCGCGUGGGUGCCGGCCGUUAAUCGGUCGACGCAACACUCGUUCGAUAUCGCGCCAUUAACGUUAAUAUCUCUCCCCUACGACGCUUUAGAGGACCUUAGGAUUUACUCUAGUGAAAGCAAUAAAAAAGAAAAUUAUACGGGACAUCAGACUCGAUCGAGAGAAUGAAAGAGUAUGCGUGCCAGAAUGUGAGAAAAAUAGGGAGAGAGAGAGAGUAAGAGAAAGAUUGCAAGAAAGAAAGCGAGUGAAUGACAACAAGCAAAAGUAAAAAAGACAAAAAAAAAGGAAUAUAUUUGAAGAUGACGUACACACGAGUAAACACACACGUACACAACGCAGGAUAAGCAAAUUACAAAAGCGCUUCGAUUGUUCAGUUUGCGAGAGCAGCGUUUAUCGGUAGAUGUCCUUGGACAGCAGAUGAAAAAUUAGGGGAUCGCUGCGACGUUUUUUCUGGAUUUAGAGAAGGGGAUGCGAGGUCCUUGGAUAGCAGAAGAUAAUUAGGCGAUCGUUGCGACGUUUUUUGUGGAUUUAGGAAACGGGGAGAGGGGAGGUCCUUGGAUAGAUGAAGAAAAUUACGUGCUCUUUGCGAGGGUUCGGUGGAUUUGGAAAGAACGGAGAUGGGUUGUCCUUGUCGAGAUUUUCGUGGAGUAUAUUCUUGGGUGGCAGAAGGAGAUUAGAGGAUCGUUGCGACGUGUUUGUGGACUUAGAGAGUGGAGGACGUGUCCUUGGACGAUAGAGGAAAACUAAGAUACCGUUACGAUGUCUUCGUGGAUUUAAAAAAUUGGAUGGGGAUGUUCUUGAUCGUUAAAAGAAAAUUAGGGGAUCGUUGGAAGAUUUUCGUGGAUUUAUAUAGGAGAAGGGAUUAAACUUGGGAGGCAAGAGAAAAAAAAAUUAGAAGAUCGUUGCGACGUUUUCUUAAAUUUAAAGAAGGGAACAGGGGGAUGUCCUGGUUCAUCAGAAGAUCAGUUGGAAGAUUUUCAUGGAUUUAUAUAGGAGAAGGGAUUAAACUUGGGAGGCAAGAGAAAAAAAAAUUAGAAGAUCGUUGCGACGUUUUCUUAAAUUUAAAGAAGGGAACAGGGGGAUGUCCUAGUUCAUCAGAAGAUCAGUUGGAAGAUUUUCAUGGAUCUAUAUAGGAGAAGGGAUUAAACUUGGGUGGCAAGAGAAAAAAAAUUAGAAGAUCGUUGCGACGUUUUUUUAGAUUUAAAGAAGGGAGCGGGGGGAUGUCCUGGAUCACCAGAAGAAAAUUAAGGGAUCAUUGCAAGAUUUACAUGGAUUUACAGAGGAGAAGGUAUAUCCUUGACUGGCAAAAAAAAAGUAGAAGAUCGUUGCGACGUUUUCGUAGAUGAAUAGAAGGGAGUGGGGAUGUCCUUGGCCACCGAAAGAAAAUUAAAGGGAUCGUUGCAAGAUUUUCAUGGAUUUACAGAAGAAAAGGGAUAUCCUUGGUUGGCAAAAGAAAACUAGAAGAUCGAUGUUGCAACGUUUCCGUAAAUGUAAAGAAGAGAGUGGGGAUGUCCUUGGUCGUCGGAUGAAAAUAUUAGGCGAUCGUUGCGACAUUUUCGUGGAUUUAGAGAAUGAAGGGAACGUUUUUGGCCAUCGAAAGAAAAUUGAGGCAAGAUUGCAAGAUUUUCAAGGAUUUAUAGAGGAGAGGGGUUGUCCGUCGGAAGGAAGUUAGGUGAUCGUCGCGACCUUUUCGUGGAUUUCGAGAACGAAGCGGAUGUCCUAUAUCGAGAGAAAAUUAGGGAACCGUCGGGACAUUUCCGUGGAUUUAGAGGGGUGGGGAGGGGAGAUCUAAUUUCCGGUAUAGUUCGAGCUGGCAGCUUCAAAUUAACGAAUUAUUCGCGAGGGCGCGUCGCAGGAGUUUGGAGAGGGCGGCCGUUGGGGUUAGACAGAGGGGGGUUUUAGGAAACGUAAACUGCAAACAUUUACGAAGCGGAUCUAUGUAUUUAGUUUCUCGCGCACCGAUUGUCUUCGCUCUUCUUACUGUAAACAUAAACACUGUAAAUAACAACGUUCCCCCGA